AGAGAUAGAGAGAGAGAGAGAGCCUGAUUAAGUUCACCGUAAUCGUACAAGGACAGGCGGAUGGUAUAGUAAUCCUGUAGCCAUGUAUGAAGCUCUCUUCAAUAACAAGUUCACAGAUGCACUUGUCUUCUACUUCUCCGUUCUACUUUUGCUCCUCUUUUCGCCAUUUCUUUUCACUUGGGAGCUCAUCACCACCCUCCGAUCAUGUUUCCAGAAGACGGAAAACGUGGCCGGAAAAGUCGUUUUGAUCACCGGUGCUUCAUCCGGGAUUGGAGAGCUCAUGGCAUACGAAUAUGCGAAAAGAGGUGCGUGUCUAGCGAUUAUAGCGAUAAAAGAAGCAAAUUCUCGGCUCGAGGAAGUGGCAGAAAGAGCUCGUGAACUCGGCUCUCCUGAUGUUCUUUUCUUGUUUGCCGACGUGUCGAAGGUCGACGAGUGUAGGAUGUUCGUGGAUGACACCGUUAAACAUUUUGGUCGUCUGGAUCAUCUGGUAAUGAAUGCAGGAAUCGGGCCCCUUUAUGCGAUAGACAUUGAUGUCACCAAAUUCCGACCUGUAAUGGAUAUAAACUUCUGGGGAUCGGUUUAUCCAACUCAAUUUGCGAUCCCACACCUCCAGAAAACCAAAGGCAAGAUCAUCGUUAAUGCCUCAUCCGCCGGAUUGUUGAACCUACCGAAAGGCGGCUUCUACAAUGCAAGUAAAGCAGCAUUGAUCAGCUUUUACGAUUCCCUUAGAUUCGAAGUGUCUCCAACAAUCACCAUAACAAUCUUGACACUUGGCUUCAUACAAACAGACUUCAUUACAGCCAAGUAUUCAACCAACGGGGUUGGUAUCCGUCUCAAAAACGAUAUGGGAACUCUAUAUCCUUCAAUGGGGGCGAAGCCAUGUGCAAAAGCCAUUGUUGAUGGAGUAUGCAAAGGAGCAACAUCCAUUGCCGAACCAAGGUUCAUUAAGGCUCUCAUCGUCGUCAAGUUCUUGUUCCCAGAACUACAUCGUAUCAUCUUCGAUGUUUCUCUUCCCUCGGACUCUCCAACUGACUAAAUUUUUAAUAACAUGUUAUUGUUGGAUAUAGAAUCUGAUUUGAAUAUUAUUUUGUUUGUGAAUUUAGGUUUAUUUGAAACUUUAUACGAAACUAAUAAGAUUGUGAUUUAUCACCAUGUUUAUGCUA